GCGCGUGCCCCCAGUCCCGCCCGUCGAGUACCGACGCAUCGAUCAACGACCCCGGCGGCAGGGCUAACGGCAGGGGGCGCCCCCCCCUCGGGCGGAGCGCCCCGAUGAAGCUGCGCGUGCGGCUGGGGCCGCGGACGGGGUCGCUGGAGCUGCAGGGCGCCGAGCCCACGCUGGGGGAGCUGCGCGCGCACCUCCGCCGCACCCUGCUGCCCCGCUGGGGCUACAGUUCCGAUACCCGUUUUUCAAUAACACUGAACAAGAAAGAUGCCCUCACCGAAGAUAACGAGACCUUGGCUUCGUAUGGAAUUGUCUGUGGGGACCUGAUAUGCUUAGUCCUUGAAGAUGCCAACCUCCCUUCACCCACGGAUUCAGCCCUUUCUGUACUUCAGGAUAACAGCGAGCCUCCCUCGUCGACCACCGGCGGGCUCGACAAUCUGCCUCCAGCACAUUCGGCCCAAGAUGAUGUCCAGAGCGAUGACUUUACGGCAGGAACUAGUUUAGAGUUUGAUCCUGGAUUAAUUCAACAUGACGUGGACCUGGAAGAGACUGCAGGAAGUUAUUUCUUUGAACCGAUGCUGUGCAGUGAAGCUGUGGAUGGGCAGGUGCCGCAUUCACUGGAGACGUUAUAUCAUUCAGCCGAGUGCACCAGUCCCAACGAUGCCUUGAUUGUACUGGUUCAUCUCCUUAUGCUGGAGUCCGGCUACCUCCCCCUGGGGACUGAAGCAAAGGCAGUGUCCAUGCCGGAGAAAUGGCGAUCGGGUGGCGUGUAUAAAUUGCAGUACACACAUCCCCUCUGUGAAGAUGGCAGUGCCGCCCUAACUUGUGUGCCUUUGGGGAACCUGAUCGUUAUAAACGCCACAUUGAAAAUCAACAAUGAGAUAAGAAGUGUUAAAAGACUGCAGCUGCUGCCAGAAUCUUUCAUUUGCAACCAGGAGCAAGAGGAAAAUGCAGCCAGGGUAUACAAGGAUCUUCAGAAGCUGUCCCGGCUCUUUAAAGACCAACUAGUUUAUCCUCUUUUGGCUUUUGCCCGACAAGCCCUGAACCUCCCCGAUGUUUUUGGCUUGGUGGUACUCCCUCUGGAACUGAAGCUCCGGAUUUUCCGCCUGCUGGAUGUCCGUUCUGUCCUUUCUCUGUCUGCUGUCUGCCGAGACCUCUUAACUGCUUCCAACGACCAGCUCUUGUGGAGGUUUAUGUAUCUUCGGGACUUUAGAGAUUCUACUUCCAGGUCUCGAGACACAGAUUGGAAAGAACUCUACCGGAGGAAGCAGAAGCAGAGGAAAGAUGCCCUGAGGUGGAGACACACCAUGUUCCUCCCAACACAACCCCACCCCAUCCCCUUCCAUCCCAGCCCCUUCUACCCGAGUCCGUUCCCACCCAACCCCUUCUCUCCCAAUCCUUUGUAUCCCCCAGGGGUCAUUGGUGGAGAAUACGAUGAGAGACCUUCGCUCCCUUAUGUUGGGGACCCAAUUAAUUCCCUCAUCCCUAAUCCCGGGGAGACCCGUGGCCAUUUCCCUCCGUUCCGACCCCGUUUCGAUCCGAUUGGCCCGCUUCCGGGACCCAGUCCGGGGCUGCCAGGACGAAGUGGCCCCAAUGACAGGUUCCCCUCCAGACCCGGCCGAGGGAGACCGACAGACAUCCGCUUCUCGUUCAUGUGACCUAUUUCCCCGCCCCCGAUCAGUUUUCCACCUUACUCAUUGUGCGCGCUUUGGUUUUGUUUUCUUUCUAAAGCAGGAAAGCAAUAUCCUUGGGGCAUCGACUCCAGUGUUUUAUUUUGAUUGCGGUGAUGAAGUGUGCACACACAAGGAUCCCCUUGAGCACAAAGUGCAACGAAAACCCUGGGUGGGAGGGUCUCAAGGAGUUGUCUAAAACCAAAAGUGGCUUCGGAAGAGCUUCACUGGGCAUAACAGGCCACUGACUUUCUCCCUCAUCAUCGUCUUCGAAUAGGAUGAGGAAGGGUGCUUAUUUUAUGCAGCACAUCAUCAGGUCAAAAACCUAUAUGGGCAGACAACAAGCUAGCUGUGACUUAUUACUGGAAAGCGCGUAAUAAAUCCUCAGGAUAACCUCA